CUUAAUUCUAGGUGUUCCUACCUUGGUCUAAUUUCAGCUUGUCGGGUGUUUUCAUAGUGUAGGUUUUGUUAGGGUUUGCCUUGGCCACGUUAAAAAUCCCUAAACCAGGCAUGCAGCCCCACACCUGUAAUCCUAGCACUAGAGAGGCCGAGACAGGAGAAUUGUCAUGAGUUUCUGGCCAGCCUGACCUACCUAAUUACUUUCAAGCCAUCCGAAGCUGUUUGAGACCUUGUGUUUAAAAAAACAAAAAACAGAAGCCAGGUCCUGCAUUCAAACUCUCGACAUCCCCACCUCAGGCUCCCGACUGCUGAGAUCACAGGAGGCGGGGACAAGGCAGGGGCAGCAGACGCCAUCCGGACCAGAAAAAGCCAGGAGAGACCAGAAGGUGCCUGGUCCCUGAGAGUCUGGUCCACUAACUCCAGGGACUGUGGGACAGAGGAACAAACAAGAAAGAACUCGAGGCCUCGCUGAGUGGCGCGCUUGCUGAGUGCUGCCACAUCCCGCAAGCUGAGCAGGUAUCCCAACUCUGUUCCUGCCCGGUAGACCACCCGAGGUGGUGAGUGUGGUCUUGUCUUCCAGAUUCGUAGGACAGAAGCUCCAGGAGGAGGACCCGCCCAACAUGGCAUCGGAGAGCGGGAAGCUAUGGGGUGGCCGAUUUGCAGGCUCGGUCGACCCCACCAUGGACAAGUUCAACUCAUCUAUCGCCUAUGACCGGCAUCUGUGGAAUGUGGACCUGCAGGGAAGCAAGGCCUACAGCAGGGGCCUGGAGAAGGCAGGGCUUCUCACCAAAGCUGAGAUGCAGCAGAUACUGCAAGGCCUGGACAAGGUGGCUGAAGAGUGGGCCCAAGGCAUCUUCAAAUUGUACCCUAAUGAUGAAGACAUCCACACGGCCAACGAGCGGCGCCUGAAGGAACUCAUUGGUGAAGCUGCAGGGAAGUUACACACAGGCAGAAGUCGCAAUGACCAGGUGGUCACGGACCUCAGGCUGUGGAUGAGGCAAACCUGCUCAAAACUCUCCACCUUCCUCAAGGUGCUCAUUGAAGCCAUGGUAGACCGGGCAGAGGCGGAGUGUGAAGUCCUCUUCCCUGGGUACACACACUUGCAGAGAGCUCAGCCCAUCCGCUGGAGCCACUGGAUCCUGAGUCACGCCGUUGCGCUGACACGAGAUUUAGAGAGACUGAAGGAGGUGCAGAAGCGGAUCAAUGUCCUGCCACUGGGCAGUGGGGCCAUUGCAGGCAACCCUCUGGGUGUGGACCGGGAGUUCCUCUGUGCAGAACUGAACUUUGGAGCCAUUACGCUCAACAGUAUGGAUGCCACCAGCGAGAGAGACUUCGUGGCUGAGUUCCUGUUUUGGGCUUCUCUGUGCAUGACCCAUCUCAGCAGGAUGGCAGAAGACCUGAUUCUCUACGGUACCAAGGAAUUCAACUUUGUGCAGCUCUCCGAUGCCUACAGCACCGGAAGCAGCUUGAUGCCCCAGAAGAAAAACCCAGACAGCUUGGAGCUGAUCCGGAGCAAGGCGGGCCGAGUGUUUGGACGGUGCGCAGGACUCCUGAUGACCCUCAAGGGACUUCCAAGCACCUACAACAAGGACUUACAGGAAGACAAGGAGGCUGUGUUUGAAGUGUCUGACACCAUGACAGCUGUCCUCCAAGUAGCCACUGGAGUCAUCUCUACACUGCAGAUUCAUCGUGAGAACAUGGCACAGGCACUCAGCCCUGACAUGCUGGCUACCGACCUUGCCUACUACCUGGUCCGCAAAGGGAUGCCAUUCCGCCAGGCCCACGAGGCCUCAGGGAAAGCUGUGGUCGUGGCAGAGAUGAAAGGGGUGGCUCUCAACCAGCUGUCACUUCAGGAGCUGCAGACCGUCAGUCCCCUGUUCUCGAGUGACGUGAAUCUCGUGUGGGACUACAGCCACAGCGUGGAGCAGUACACAGCCUUGGGUGGCACAGCACAGUCCAGUGUUGAGUGGCAGAUCAGCCAGGUGCGGGCCCUGCUGCAGAUGUAGCAGCCCUAGAUUCCACCCAGUCAAAGCUGCGCCCCAAUAAAGUGGAGCCCUGGAGAGGCCGCCAUAAACA